CCGCUAGCGCCUAGGUCCCGGAAAGCCAAAAACAGGGCAAAGCGGUGGGCUCUGUCCAUUCCGUGGAUAGCCCACCUUCGCAAAUAUCGCACUCGUGCCCCAGAACCAGCGCUUUCAAUCGUUGGGUGGCUGCACAGUAGUGAAACCUCCUACCAGCUUUUUUCAGCCAUCUCCGGGCCCCGACUGCAGGCUACGAUCUCGUCUCGGAAGCAAUAUAUUUGCUAGAAGGCUCUUUAGCUACAUUCAGCAUAAAAUUCAGGAAAAUGCCCGUCGACGCGCGAGGCCUCAGCGCCCACGUCCUCGUCGACGGUCGAGCGGUCCCGGAGCUGUCGGACCCCGACACCACGCCGCGGGACUGGGCCUUCCUGCGUACCGCGGCGACGAACGGCCAAGUCAGCCCCGAGGCGGCGGCGGCCUGCGCGCAACGCAAGUGCCUCGUCGCGACGACGGCCGGCACGCGCUUCGAGGUCGUCGUGGUCAACGCCACGCGCCACCAUUUGUGUGUGGACACGUUCGUCGACGGCCGGAAGAUCGAUUCACUGUCGCUCUUUGGCCAGCACGCGGUGCGCGACGAACAGACGGGCCCCUACGGCCCCGACGAGCGCUACAUGUGGACGGCUCGCAUCGAGGGCGAUUACGUCGGCGCGACGACGGCGUCGAUCGCCACGAACGCCGUGCGGCCGAUGCGCUUCGCCCAGCUGCGACAAGUGGAAGAGGGCGGCCCCGCGACGCGCGACUUCGGCGCCGCGUCCCAGGCCGGGCGCAUCGAUGUGGUCGCGCGGGUCAUCGAGGACCUCGGCGACAAGAAGCUCAUGGCUGCCGCCCCGGGCAGCGCGCGCGGCGAGGACGCCCAGGCCACGGGUGCGACGAAGAAGGACAUCUUCGGGCUGGGGACUUCUUAUGGAGAUGCCAUCGCGACGGCGGCGAACUCUUCCGAGUACGGCGCUAUGCGCACGCCGCGCGUGUCACGCGACUGCUUCGCCACUUUCAGCUUUCGCUACGCGGCCAUCGAGGCGCUCCACAUCGCGAAGACGACGCCCAAGGCCUGGCUCGACCGCGAGACGGCUUUGAUCGAGGACGCAAGGCAGUCGUCGCGCGACCUGCGCCGCCACCUGCGGGCGGGCUUUGCGAUCUCGGAGCCUCCGACUUAUCUGUUCUCGUCGAAGCUGUCGCCGCUCGCCGGGCCGGGCGCGCCCAAGGCUGUCCCCGACUCCGGAAGGCUCGACAAGGCGCUGCGGGGAGAAGGAUUUAAGCUCGUCGGCGAGCCGCGGUCGCUUUUCGAUGCGCUGAGCCACCAGCUCUGCGGCACGCACCAGCUCUCCAGAUAUGUGGAGCACGCCGUGGCCACAGAGCUAAGGGUGGUGGUCGGAACCAGAGCCGAAAUCACGCCAGCGACGCGACGUGGCUCAUUGGUCGAUUCUCACAGGAAGACUACUGCAGCGGCGCGCCCGUGGACUUCGAGGAGCAGUACGGGGCCCUCUACCGGCCGACGGACGCGCCUUUGCCCUACGCGGGCGAGUGGCGCGACCACUUCGAGCGGUGCCGCAGCGCGAACGACGGCCACGCGGCGGCGGGCCAGCGCUACGACGACGGCGCGGCGUCGGCGGCGCGGCCGCCGCCGCUCGAAGCGGGUGAUCUUGUGGACGUCUCCAAGGAAGACGGCUCGGGCGUCGUCGAGUGCUCGGUCCAGGGCGGCGACGCGCGCGUGGUGGUCGUGAAGCCGCCGGGCGGCGCGCAGGAGGAGAUCCCGCGGUCGUCGUGGCGCUUAGGCGGUGGCGGCCCGCGGUCGCGGCGCGGCGCCCACGUCGCCGAGCAGCAGACGGCGCUGCUCGUCCAAGCGUUCGCGACGGUGUGGAAAUCAACCAGUGAGUUAGGUUAUCGCAUCGAUGGCGCGGGGCGCCCGAAAUUUGAUUUCCACACAGGUUCGCGAACGCGUUCGGCGUGCGCGUCUUCCUCCUGUGCGUCACCGGGAAGAAGAAGCAGCUCCGCGUGGUCAGGGUGGAGCCGCGGAACGGCCGCCGGGUCCUGAUCAACGGCUACGCCAUCGCGCAUCUCGGAGGCGUCGCGUUCGACUCGGUCGCGCGGCACCACGACGUCAUCGAGAUCCAGAGCGGUUCCGAGAGCGAGGACGACGUCGACGUCAAGCCGGACCCGGAGCCGCCGGCGAAGCGCCAGCGCGCCGCGCCGGCCGUCAAGCGCGAGCGCCACUAACAAACACAUAC